UUAAAAACAGUUACUUCCUGGUAUCUUUUUAAAGAAGCAUGUGGGCAGAGAACAAACCAAUUCAGUGUUGUUGAGCUCUUCCACAAAUAAAUAUUGAUUUGAAAUGAUUGUAAUAUAUGCUAUGGUUGGUGUUUUUCUGAUUAUUAUUGGUUUGUUAAGUUCUACUUAUUUUACACUUCACAUUAAAAAAACCAGAUACAAAAAAUGUUGUAUAAGUCAUCUAUUAGAUGGACUAGGGGCAUUAUUUCUUGGAUUUUUCUAUAUAUAUAGCUAUAUAGAACUCAAAGGAAAUUUGAGGAAUACAACAACAACACUGAUUUUUCAAGAGGACACUUAUUUGAAUGUAAGUGAAGAACCAACUAUCCUAAACUUUUUUCCAACAUUACCAAAUGCAAUCAAUCAUCUGCCAAGUACUAAUGAUGUUCCAGAAGGAAAUAAAGAAGUUUUCACUGAACUUGCUGUUACAACAGAAAAUAUAACUAUUUUGAAUCAGGACUCCAUUUCUGAUCACAAUGAAGAAAUUACAAUGAUUCCCCUAAUAGAUAACUUGAAAAAUGGUAGUUUUAAUUUUUAUCAGAAUUUCUUCAAAGAUAUCAUAAAACAAAAAACUUCAAACAAUUCCAAAUUAGUUAAUCGUACUAUAUUUUACAACAACAAAGAAUAUGGGAAAAGUAUUAGAAAUAAUACAAAAUUGAGAAUGAAACGGGAACCAAAGGAAUAUAUUACUCCAGAUAUCAAAUGUUUCAAAGAAAUGUUUCUGAAACAUGCACUACUAAUAUGUUCUUUUUUAUAUAGUGUCAUUUGUCUGAUCAACAAUAUCAAAGUUUGUUAUGAACACAAACCCCAAAACAGCAUUACAUUGAAAAAAGAAAUCAAUGAAGAGUCUCUAGAAUCAUCACGAAAUUCUAAAAGUUCACAAAGUUCACUAUUUGUCAGGAAAAAUGAGAAAUUAGCAAGAACUAUGAAAUUCAGCAUUGAAGAUAAGAAUAAAAAAAAUGAGUUGGAUAAGGAAGCAGCUACUUCAUCAUUUUCAAGACAUUCAACAUAUAUUUUGAAACUCAUUAUUUUAUGGUUUUCCCCAGGCUUUUGUGUAUUCAGCCUUCAUAUAAUUAUGGGAGGACCAAAUGUACAGCACCACUCAAUAUAUUCAGACCCUGCUUAUAACUUUACAAGUAUAGCAGUUAGUAAAGAUCUAAUAAAAUUGAUUAAUAAUCCACCAUCUGUAAUAAUUGAAGAAAACAAUAAGGAGAUCAAUGAUAUUGUUCAGAAUGUUUAUAAUAUAGUAGACGAAAUAAGCAAGCAACCUAAUAUAAAUAACCAAUUGAUUGAUGAUAUCAUCUAUGAUACAAUAUAUUAUUUGAACAAAAAACAUGAGAACAUGAAUAAUACAAAUGGUUGUUCUUUUAAUACGUCCACCUUGAAAAUUCACAGUUUCUUCUUGUUUUGCAUAAUAUUCAUCGGAAGCAUCUUUUAUUCCAAAAUAUUACAAAUAAAGAUGAAACUCGAAGAAAAUAUUUUCAGCCAUUUCACAAUGAUUUACUUUUAUGUAUAUAUCUUAAUUUGGUUGCCUUGCAUCUGUGAAGUAUUAUUCAGAAUAUACAUUCUGGAUAGAAAUCCAUCAGCAAUUUCAGAUAUUACACUGGCUUUAGCUAACCUUUUCAUUGUAGUCAAUAAUUUCAAUAAUUAUUUAUUGCUCAAUAAAAUAAGAAAAACAUGUCUUACUUUAGAAAUAUAAGUAAUAAAAUUAU